CGCGUUUUGAUUGACAUGGCGGAGUCUCGCAGUACGCGUAGCGCCGCGCCAGCAGACAGUCAAGACCGGACCCUGGGAAUAAAAAAACGCGCAGCCCCGUCUGUUUGAAGAUUAUUUUAUUGCAGCGAGGUAGGGCAGUUCAGUGAAUUUCUCCAUGAAUGUACGUCACAAUGAUGAUGACAGACCAGAUUCCACUGGACUUGGCUCCGCCCCCCCUCCUGAACGGGGAGGUCCCUCUCAUGCCUCACAUGGUUAACGGUGACGCAGCCCAGCAGGUGAUCCUGGUGCAGGUGAACCCGGGGGAGACGUUUACCAUCCGGGCAGAGGACGGUUCACUGCAAUGCAUCCAGGGUCCUGCUGAGGUUCCCAUGAUGUCCCCAAAUGGAUCAAUCCCCCCCAUCCAUGUACCCCCAGGAUACAUCUCACAGCCUGCAGUCACUCUCUCAAGACUUUUUUUUGGGCUGAGCAGGGUCGGAUGGGGUCAGGGUUCUGAGAAACUCAUCCCCCAUAAUCCCUCGCUGCCUGGCCAGGUUGCUGCGCUGUUCGCAGCACAUCAUGAUUCAGAGGGGAAGCGUGUUCAAGACAUGCUGUCUACAAUCGACAAACCACAGGUGUCCAAUGUGCAGGCGCGGGCUGCAAGACUGUCCUGGGCCCCCCCGGCAGGGCUGGUGAACAGGCAUGGUAACGGGAUGCCUGUGUCCUGCUCCUUCGAGGUCUCUCUCUCAGAUAAGGGACGAGACGGAAAGUAUCGCCUUAUUUACAGUGGCGAAGAACUGGAGUACCAUCUGAAAGACCUAAGGCCAGCGACAGACUACCACGUACGGGUGUCUGCGAUGUACAACUCUGUUCGGGGCCCGUGUUCAGAGGCCGGCUUGUUCACCACACACUGCAGCAUCCCCGACGUACCAUUAUCCCCAAAACUCUCCCACCGCACCAAGAGCACCCUCACCCUACAGUGGAAGCCCCCAGGCGACAACGGAUCCAAAAUCACAAACUACCUGCUCGAGUGGGAUGAGGGAAAGAAGAACAGUGUUUUCAGAGAAUGUUACUUUGGGAGCCAGAGACACUGUAAGCUGACACGACUGUACCCCGCCUGUGGCUACACGUUCAGAGUGGCUGCACACAACGACAUUGGCAGAAGUGGCUUCAGCACAGAGGUGGUGUUUUACACCAUGGGCACCCUGCCUGCUCUGCCCCUGGCACCACGGCUGGUCAGGGCGGGGGUGUCCUGGGUGACUCUGGAGUGGGGGCGUCCGGAGGGCAGUCCGAGUGAGGAGCAGCUCAAAUACACACUUGAGAUCCAGGAGGACAACAGCGGAACAGACUUUCAUCCAAAGUACACUGGAGAAAACUUGACCUGUACUGUACAAGGCCUGAAGAGGAGUACACAGUAUAAAUUCAGGCUCAUAGCAUCGAACAUGGAGGGAAAGAGCAGUCCCAGUGAAGUGUUGGUGUGCACCACCAAUCCAGACAAACCCGGCCCACCAUCUACACCCUGUGUCACCGCAGCGACGCCCUACGGAUUUACCGUCACAUGGGAUCCUCCCCAGGACAAUGGGGGCUCAGAGGCUCUUACGUACCUGCUAGAGAUCUCAGAGGGGUGCUCUGAAGCGAGCCAGUGGGAUGUAGCGUACAGUGGUCCAGCAACAGAAUGUGUGUGUGAGCACCUGACACCUGGGACCUUCUACCGCCUACGUGUGUGUAGCAUCACCACCGGAGGACACAGCCCUUGCACUGUCGGUGUUCCGGUCCGUACAUUAAGCGUCCCGCCAGGGCCAUGCCAGCCGCCGAGGAUUGUGGGUAAAGCCAAACACAAGGAAGUGCAGUUAGAAUGGGAUCCUCCUGUAUCUGAUGGAGUAUGUGAGGAGUGUGUGUUUAGCCUGGAGAUGAGUGAGGGGGACACCAGGCCAGCAGAGGUUUACCAUGGGUCAGAGCUGCAAUGCACCGUUGGUAGUCUGCUACCUGGUGCCACAUACAGCUUCCGACUGAGGGCUGCCAAUGAGGCUGGGUUCGGAGCGUACUCUGAGCCAACAGAGGUGACGACUGCAGCAGGUCCUCCUGGCCAGUGCGGGGCGCCACUCAUCAAUCUCACCAGCAACACUUGCGUAACGCUCAACUGGGAGAGUCCCGAGGGUUCGGGUACAGACAUCUCUGAGUAUCGUUUGGAGUGGGCGAGGGAAGACGAACCCAUGGAGCUGAUCUACUGUGGAUCUGCCACACAGUGUGAACUGUCGGACCUGACGCCUGCCACAGACUACUGCUGCAGGCUACAGGCGGUGAAUCAGGCAGGUGCUGGUCCUUACAGCGAGCAGGUGAGUUUCCGGACCCCGGCGACAAAUCCCGACCCGGUCUCCUCCCUCACCCUCCUGGAUCUCCCGACCUCCUCAGAGUCAGGUCACUCCCCUUCUACCUGCCUCCUCCUGAAGUGGGACGAGCCAAACAGCAAUGGGGCAGACAUCAGCUCCUACGUCAUCACCCUGGACGACCAAACCAUUACUGUGGAAUCAGGGACAAGUCACCUUGUCACAGACCUGCAGCCAGACAGCGAAUACAGUGUACAGAUCCAGGCAGUGAAUGACAUCGGCUCCAGUCCCCUGAGUCCACCCCUGCUGGCAAGGACACGCCCCCUCCCUCCAGCCCCGCCCCCUCUCGAAUGCUCGGCGGCUGGCCCUCAGAGCCUGAAGCUGAAGUGGGGCGAAAAUGCCAGCAACACGCACACUCGCGCCCUGCUUGCCGAUGACAUGGUCUACACACUACAGAUGGAGGACAAGAACCACAGGUUCGUGACGAUUUACCGUGGUCCCAGCCACACAUACAAGGUCCAGCGAUUGACCGAGUCCAGCAGCUACAGCUUCAGAAUACAGGCCAUCAGUGAUGCUGGGGAGGGUCCUUUCUCUGACACACACACCUUCUGCACCACCAAGUCUGUACCCCCUACCCUCAAAGCUCCUAGAGUGCAACAGCUGGAGGGAAACAUGUGUGAGAUCACAUGGGAGACUAUCCCACCAAUGAGAGGAGAUCCGGUGAGCUACGUGCUUCAGGUGCUGGUGGGACGCGAGUCAGAAUACAAACAGGUUUUUAAGGGAGAGGAGGGCGUGUUCCAAAUCUCUGGACUCCAGGGCAACACGGACUAUCGUUUCCGCGUGGGCGCCUGUCGCCGUUGCCAGGAUACGUGCCAGGAACUGUGCGGACCAAUGAGCCCCUCCUCCUUUUUCACGCUGCGUCGCCAGGAGAUGGCAUCAUCGGGAGAGAUGUGCGCCGUGGAAACAGGCAAAGGGGCGGGCCUGAUCUCAAGCGACGAGCGCUUCGCUGCGCUCAUCGUGUGCGUGUUCGCAGGCUUCUCCAUCCUCAUCGCCUGCUUGCUACAGUACUUCUUCAUGAAGUGAGGGAAUUUUAACUAUAGGAUAGAAAGAGAAAGCAAAAUCACAGAGUCUAUGAAAGAACUGAAUGAAAUCAAAACAAACACUUGAGAUAUACUUCUAAGGCUAUGUAUUUUUUUUUUUUUUUGUCAAAGUAUCAAUUCUGGCUUUGUUCCUGUUGUCUUCUGCCUUCACUCAGUUUGGUCUCAUUUCUCUCUAUGUGUCUGCUGUCUUUGUAUCAUUGUCUGUCUCAUUUGUUAAGGAUUUCUGUCGAGGGAAGCCUUGUCUUAGCUGUACCUCCGUUGGGAAAGAAAACUGAUAAUCAAGCCUUAAAAUAGCUGUGAGCAAAGCAGUUGCUCCUCAGACUGACUUGCAUGUUUUUAUUUUGUAUCUUUUUAAAACAUAUUCGAUUAGAGAACGUGUAUAUUUCUUGACAGUCAUUGCCUCUUUUUUUUUUCUAUGUGUAAUUUCCUUUUUUUUCUUUUUUUUUUGCUGCAGUCUUUAUUCAUUUCAGCCAUAUUCUAAUGUGGGCCUUCAAAGCUUUAGCCCUUCAUACCUUAUUAUUCAGUUUGUUACCACUCUACAGGCUGUCGGUCAAUUCAUGCAAUCUGCACCUGCUCUCACACACAGACUGAUAAAGACACAGUGCAAAUUUACGUUCACAUACAUGCACACAUGUACAAUUACACUCAUCCAAUCACAUAUCUGCUCAGCUUUUAAUAUUCAAUCAUUCACUCAUUCAGCUACCAAAGUGAUGCAAUUCAUGUGUGGUGAAAGAUGCUGCUAUCCUGUGAUUUUAUUAUAUCUCAGAAAGAAUGGAAAACCAGUUAUCUAAUAUAUAUA